GAACACAGUGGCAAAAUUCAAAUUCAAAAUGGUUAUAUCUUCAUUGCCAAAGUUAAUCGCAGCAAUACCAAAAUCAUUUCUCCUCCAAUUUCGACAACCCCUCAAAAUUUCCCAACCAUUCCCCAAAACCCUCUCUAUAAUCACAAAAAUGUCAUCUUGGACAUGCUCCAAGUGCACGUUCAUCAAUCCCUCCGCCCAGAAAUCGCGCUGCGAAAUCUGCCUCUCCGCGCCGCCUCAGCCGCCUGUAUCACCAUCGCCGCCGCCCGAAUCCAUGUGGUCAUGCGCCGCUUGCACGUUGCUGAACCCGUAUUCCAGCGCAAAUUGCCAAAUAUGCGGCACUAGGGCCACCUCGACUAUCGAAAUCGACGACGAUGAUCUCGAUUUCUCCGUCGGCAGCGUUUUCAUGCCGCUCAAGGCUUGUAGCAGUGCCAAGGAAGACACUACUCGCGCCGAUGGUUGUUCUGCUGAGUUGAUUGUUGGUAAUGGUGGUCGUGUUGAUGGAGGGAAAUUAGGUUUUUCUGCUGGAUUGAGGGUUUGCAGUAAUAAGAGAAAAGUUAGGGAGGAAAAUGAUGAUGCAGGUGGCUCUUCAAUUAGGGAUUCAACUAUGGCUAUUCAAGCUAAACCUCUAGCACCUUGUGAAACUGAUGUGAGCUCUGAAUCCAAAACAUGGAAGCUUCUGAGCUACAACGUUUGGUUUCGUGAAGAUGUUGAGAUGCACAAGAGGAUGAGAGCAAUUGGGGACCUUAUCGAGUUGCACGCACCGGAUGUUAUGUGCUUUCAGGAGGUUACUCCCAAUUUGUAUGACAUCUUCCAGAAAUCAGGCUGGUGGAAGGGGUACCGAUGCUCGAUUCCAGAUGAGAAUUCAAUCACAGCACCAUACUUCUGCAUGCAGCUAUCCAAAUUGCCGGUUAAAUCCUAUAGCACCAAGCCCUUCCACAAUUCCGUCAUGGGGCGAGAACUCUGUCUCGCAGAAGUAGACGUGCUGCCAGGAACGACAAUGGUCAUUGCCACAAGCCACCUCGAAAGCCCCUGCCCAGCCCCUCCGACUUGGAACCAGAUGUUCAGCAAAGAACGCGUUGUGCAGGCUAACGAGGCCGUGAGGUCGCUGGCGAAGCACGAGAAUGUGAUAUUCUGCGGGGACAUGAACUGGGAUGAUAAACUGGAUGGGGCUUUUCCCCUAGCAGGUGGAUGGGUGGAUGCGUGGACAGAGCUGAAACCCAGAGAAGACGGAUGGACAUACGACACAAAGUCGAACAAGAUGCUGUCUGGUAACCGGAGUCUGCAGAAACGACUGGAUAGAUUCAUCUGCAAGCUGAAGGACUUGAAGAUAAGGAAUAUUGAGAUGAUCGGUAGGGAUGCGAUUGCUGGUGUAUCGUAUAUCAAAGAGAAGAAAGUGAAAGGGCAGGUGAAGGAGUUGUCUCUUCCAGUUCUGCCUAGUGAUCACUAUGGUUUGCUCUUAACAAUCUCUACCUCUUAGCACAAAUGCACUUCCAUCAUUUUUGUCUUUUCCCAUAAUCUUGAGAUGAAGGGCCUCAAAUAUUUUGCCUUCACUGUUUAUAUCUCAACUUGAUUGUGGAGUAGUAAUCAAUUUUCAUUUUAUGCCAUUACA